GGAAUCCCGGACGAAGACGAGGUUCAGUAGACUCGUUUUGAAUUUAAGGCUGUUCUGUAUGUCUGAUAGAUUGGAAAUAAAUGGAGAUGGAAGAGAGAGAUGUGGAUGAUGCUGUUAAGUUUGAAGAGAGAGAUGACACAGAUCCACAGCCUGGAGAGACUGGAGCAGGACUAGAACCUCAUAAAAAUUCAGAAACAGAGGCUAAAGAUGCGCAAUGUCAUCCAUCAGUCAUUCCAGCCCCAGAAACUGUAGCAGUCAAUCAGAAAUCUUCCACAGUCUCUGUUAAAACAGACAACUUAGUUAUUCUUGACCAAAACGGAGAGCCUAUACAGUAUCAACAGAUGGUGAUCGUGAAAGGGAAGAGUGGAGAGUUGUAUGCAGUCCCGUCUGUCCCUAUAGGGGGCACUCACAUGUUACUAUCUCAUGGUCAGCUGUUGGAUGUAGCACAGACAUCAGGUGCCUUUGUUGAGAAAACAAGACACCAGCCAAUCAUCACAUCCAUUAAAGACAAUGAUGGCACUAACAUUUUAGCUGCAGAAGCAGCACAGAGUGUCACUGCUGCUAGAAGUCAGAUGAAAGGAUCUCCUGAUGUACUUGGGCCCACAGUGAAGCCACUGCCACCAGGGGCACCAAACUGGGCUCUGAGACUGCGUGAGUGUGAGAAGAUUGGAGACUCGUACCGUGGUUACAGUAACACUGAGGCCGAGCUGGAGGCUGUUCUGCUUUUACACAAGCAGCAGACUUGCACUGUGUUUGGCACCCGUCAAUCACCCUCACCUGCAAAACCUGCCACCCGACUUAUGUGGAAAUCACAGUAUGUGCCCUACGAUGGCAUUCCUUUUGUUAAUGCAGGGAGCAGAGCCAUUGUGAUGGAAUGUCAGUUUGGUCCAAGGAGGAAGGGUAUCCAACCUAAAAAAGGAUCUGAGCAAGAAACGAAUCAAAAUUUCCAAUACAGAGCAACCUGCCCUGCCAGGAUAUAUAUUAAGAAAGUACGAAAAUUCCCAGAGUACAGGGUUCCAACAGAUGCAAAAGCAGACAAGAAGGUAGUGCGUCAAGAGCAGGAGAAAGCCUUUAUUGACCUCAAGAAGAGUUCAUGGGAUGUUGGAGGGGUUGUAAGGUAUUACAUCCAGCUCCCUACAGAGAAAGCCCAUCUUUACCAUGAUGUGGACACUGCAAGCCUUCCUCCACUUCCAGAGCAGAUCUGCUUUGCAGAGGAACAACAGAAUGAGGAAGAAGAGACUGAGGAGGUUGAGGAUAUUCAGAUGGAGGAUGACUCAUCUGUCCCCUCUCGACUGCACCCACUUGUGGCAGAUAAGAUCUGGGAGUUGGUGGCACAAGGCCAUAGCCAGGUUUACACUGUCCGCAAGCAGCUCAGGAGGUUUGUGGAACGUGAGAUGUUCAAGUCAGACGAGGUGCCUGAGAGACAUAAUCUGUGUUACUUUCCCACUGUUAAUGACAUCAAGAACCACAUCCAUGAGGCUCAGAAAGCUCUUCAGCUGACAGCGGGAUCAUUGACUACCUCAGAUGCAGAGUGGAAAGCAGAGGAUGAUAACUUGCUAUCAGAGACUGUAACCUAUACCCUGACUCCUGCUGUUAAGGAUGUAUCCUCUCAGAAGGGAGGACUAUUGGAAGGGAGUGACACUCUUUCUCCAGAGGCUGUGCAGCUCUUCAGCUCACUGACAUCUCUGCAGCCCAGGAUCUUUGCACAUCUCCAGGGUAUCCAGCUACAUCCAGUGGAAGGCACUCCUCAACAGUCUACAGCAUCAUCACCAGAACCCAUAGAUCCAUCUAGUCCUGUACCCCCACAAACUAUCCAGCUGGAUGUCUCAGCAGAUUUAUGCCAAGGCCAGAAAUAUGGCUUACAACAAUAGGACAGAAAAUAUACUUCAACUCUGCACAUCUGUUUUGGAGUUGAGAUUGAGACUGUAAAUAGCCAGAUUAAUUGUGUAAAUUACAGUAUUGCGUCAACAUGGCCUUGUAUUAAAUGUUUUUUUGUAUUUUUUGCAGUGUUGUAGUACUCGACACUGAGUCCAAGACCAAAUUUUCAUGGACUUGGUCUUGUCAUGGACUUGUGAGUAAUUUGAUGUGUGGACUCAUAUGUGUUGACCCCGAGUCCAGUCGAGUCCCUUUUAAAAAUGUAUACAGUGAAAGCUGUUUUUUCCCUUUUCUCCCCAAUUUGGAAUUCCAGUUCCCAAUGUGCUCCAAGUCCUCAUGGUGGCGUAGUGACUCGCCUCAAUCUAGUGUCAAUCCAGGUGGAGGAAGACGGAUCUCAGUUGUCUCCGCGUCUGAGACUGUCAAUCCGUGCAUCUUAUCAUUUAUGCAUUUGGCAGAUGCUUUUAUCCAAAGCGACUUACAGAGCCCUUAUUACAGGGACAAUCCCCCCGGAGCAACCUGGAGUUAAGCGCCUUGCUCAAGGACACAAUGGUGGUGGCUGUGGGGAUAGAACCAGCAUCCUUCUGAUUAUCAGUUUAACAGUUAUGUGGUUUAGACCACUACACCACCACAUAAUGCGUGUGGAGUCUUCACGCUAUUCUUCAUGAAAUUCACACACAACUCACCACGUGCCCCACCGAGAGCGAGAAACACAUUAUAGCGACCAUGAGGAGGUUGCCCCAUGUGACUCUACCCUCCCUAGCAACUGGGCCAAUUUGGUUGCUUAGGUGACUAGUUGACUAAUGGUGCUGUGACUAGUUAAUAGGGGCUGUUCAGACCAAACGUGUUGUAGCGUCCAUCCAUGCUGUUUUUCAGUUGUUUUUCGAUGUAAAACAACCAUUGUCUUUGACAGUUGCAAUAAGUAUCGCUGUGUUUUUGGCAUCUCAUGCUGGAGCACCACAGUUUUUUUAUUCUUUUGUCAAGUUAAAAAUAACAUCAACUGUUAAAUAUGUGUCGCGAGACACUUGUGUUAUAUUCUAUUCCCUGAUUGCACACGUACAACACCCAGACGUCUAGUUAAUGUGUGUGUUUACUUCUAGAAGAUGUCUAUUUUACGUUGUUUGCUCAUCUGUCAGUGAGUAUGUCUCAGAUAUCAAUAAGAAAUUCAGCAAAUGUCUUUGAGAUGUUUAUGAUUUAGAAUAAUUGUAAAUCUUUUUUCAGAUUAACAUUUUUAUUGGUUGCUUCUCAACAUGACACAUAACAAAGCAAAACAUUCAUAUACGGUGUCAACCAUUAAACCCUAUUGUUUGAUUGUGGAUUUGGAUAACUUUUUCUGAAAAAAAAGGAAAGAAAUUGAUUUCUGUGCAUACACCGAGAUGAAAUCUUGGUAAAAUUUAGCAGAAAUACUUACUUGACAUACAAUGAAUGAAAUAUAGUAUUGCGAUUGAGGAAAUUGUUAAAGGUGCGGUAUGUAAGAUUCAGGAACCCUU